ACGUUUUUAUGGGCGGAUAGACGCCAUUUAUGAAACCGAAAGUCAGUAGUAGCUGUAAUGACAGACUGACAAGCGUCCUCGAAGGAAAAAACGCAUAAUUUUAUGACUUUAGAUUCAGGAAGCCAGACACUCACUGGUUAUUUGACGUUUACAUUCACUCUGACUCCGUCGCUCAAAGACGCGGCCUCGACGUUUACGUUUCUGUGACAAUAACGUUGUCCUGUUGACCGGUGAUGGCGCCCACAGAUAUUCGUAAUGAAACGUUCACUAUCGUGCACUGCCUCUUAAAUGAAGACAAUUUGAUUGAUGUAGAUGGUGAUAGAGAGGAUGAAAAUGACUUUGACGCAGAAAAUGACUUUGACGCAGUGAAGAUUGCCUCUAAACUGAGGAAACUGGGUGACGAUUAUGAUGAGAAAUUCAUUCAGCCCCUGAUCAAAAAUGUGCAGAGGGCGGCAGCUGAUCAGAUGGUGAGCGUGUUCUCUGAUAGCGUGGACAGUCUGUGUAAGAUGUGGGUUGUAGAGCGAGCAGAAGUGGCUUCAGAGAAGCAGCUCCUCAAGGCUGCUGUCACAGUGGGACUUGCUUUUAAGAAGAAUUGCCCUGAUAUGACCAUCGUCAUCGAGGCAGCCAUGGCGAGAUUUGUCAACAACCGUCUAACCAGCUGGAUUGCUCAGCAGGGUGGUUGGGUGUCAGUUACUAAAAGCAGCACAUUGUAAAUGACUGGAGAUCAUAACGUGAGACUGUUUCUCUGGACUUUUGAUUUGAAAUGCAGGCUGAACAUCUAAGGUGCCAAGAAGCUCUUUUACAGACAAUCACAUGACCAGCAAACUAAGGAGCUAUUUAUUCAGCCAUUUAUCAGCUGCCUGUUAUGCACGUUUACUCUAAACAUCUUAUUUAGUUAGUUAGCGUCAAUAUUCAAUUGUUUCAGGGAAUCACAGCCAAUGGUGCAUUUUUUAAGUCUUAGCCAUAGAAUGAUUUCUUUUUCUUGUUAUGUGAUCUGGUUAUGUCAUUUACAUAAAUGUGUAAUUCUAAAUUAUGGCCUGUAUAGAAUAACCAUAUGCUGAAAAGCUUUGUCAAACCCAUUAAAUUAAGCCUCUGUGAACAACUUUACAUUAUGUGUGAUAGUAAACAAUCAUUUGGAGAUCUUUAUAUACUAGACACUAUUGGAAAUAAAAAAAUUGUGAAGCACCA